GCUAGAACCAAUUCUCCCACGUGGGGUCGCACCUCGGCAUCCGCCCCCCUCCUUGCUCCUGCAUCCAACACUGGCUUUCUAGACUGCGCUACCAUGGACUCAGCGCCGACGGAUGCCCGCGCAUCCAAGGACGGUGCAGCAGAAGCUGCGCCCGCACCUAACACAGAAGAAAAGAAGCUCGCGGCGUCGGUGGAAGAUGUUGCCGACGUCCCUGAUCCGGACGAGGAUGACCUCGACGACCUUGAUGAGAUGCUGGACGAUUUCUCGGCGGUGAAAAUCGAUGCGAAAAAGCCAGAGGUUCCGGCGGGGCCAAAUCAGCCUGCUGCCGCAAGCGCUCCAGAGGGGGAGGGAGUGUUGUCCGACGACGAGUUCGCAAAGCAGUUACAGGCCGGUAUGGCCGAACUACUUGGAGAGCUCGAAAAUUCCCCGGAAAUGCAAGCGCAGUUCGAAAGCAUAUUUAAGGAGCUGGAAUCUGCGGCACCGCCGAGCGCAGACCAAGCGUCGACCGCCCCGAACCCUCCGGGGCCUGGUGCCAGCUCUGGUUCGACAGCAGGGGGCGGAGCUUCCUUCCAAGAAACCAUCCGGCGGACGAUAGAGCGCAUGCAGGCUUCGGGCGACCAGGCGACGGCAGCAGCAACAGCCGAAGGCUCGGCCGACUUUAUGGCCGAGCUCCUCAAGCAGAUGCAGGGCGGCGGCCUCGACGGCGAAGGCAGCGAGGAGGAAUUCUCCAAGAUGCUGAUGGGCAUGAUGGAGCAGCUCACCACCAAGGAGAUUCUCUACGAGCCCAUGAAAGAGCUGCACGAGAAAUUCCCCGAGUGGCUAGAGAAGAACAAGGAGAAGACCUCGGCGGAGGACCUACGGAGGUACCGAGAGCAGCAGACCCUAGUCAGCGAGAUCGUCCUCAAGUUCGAGGAAGCCACGUAUUCGGACUCGAGCACGAAAGACCGGGAAUACAUCGUCGACCGCAUGCAGAAGAUGCAAGCCACCGGGUCGCCGCCAUCAGACCUGGUCGGGGACAUGCCCUCGGCUCAGGAUGUGCUUAAUAUGCCAGACGAGUCGUGCAAUCCGCAGUAGUGCUGGGCGGAUUUCAAGCACAGCACCCCGAGACACCGCGUUGAAUCAGGGUACCAUGAUGUAUUUUGGCCCAGACAUACACUACCCCGUAAACUCCAAUCCAGGACAUGAAUACCAGACAAUCCCAUCCCGAGCAGGAAAGUACACACCUCAUCAAGUCAUCUCCACAUCCUGGGAGAGAGCUAUCCCCUGCCCGUCCUGCCGCUCAAUGAGAUCCAUAAACAGCCCAUCGUACUCCUCGUCAUCCGAGAAAUGCGGCGAGCCCAGGCCCGGCGCCUGCGCCUGCGCUGGCG